AAUAUCCCGGGCGCUUACUUGACGUUUGCGUCUCUGAUGAAUUGCGGCGGAAAAUAGAGUUUAACGAUGAAGAAGAAAGUUCUGUUGAUGGGAAAGAGCGGCUCGGGCAAGACGAGCAUGCGCUCGAUUAUCUUCGCAAAUUAUAUAGCUAGAGACACUCGACGGCUGGGAGCAACAAUUGAUGUUGAGCAUUCACACGUUCGAUUCCUCGGCAAUUUGGUAUUGAAUUUGUGGGACUGCGGUGGUCAGGAGGCGUUCAUGGAGAACUACUUUACAAGCCAACGUGACAACAUUUUCAAGAACGUUGAGGUCCUCAUUUAUGUGUUUGAUGUGGAGAGUCGUGAGGUGGAGCGAGACAUGCACUACUACCAGUCGUGCUUGGAGGCAAUCCUUCAGAAUUCACCACAGGCAAAAGUGUUCUGCCUCAUUCAUAAGAUGGAUUUAGUUCAAGAAGAUCAAAGACAUCAGAUUUUUUCAGAACGAGAGCAGGAGCUCCGAAAGUUCUCGCUGCCAUUGCAAUGCAGCUGCUUUAGCACAUCAAUCUGGGAUGAGACUCUCUACAAGGCGUGGUCGUCGAUUGUUUAUCAACUAAUUCCAAACGUGAGGCAGCUGGAAUCCAAUCUCGACCAGUUUGCUGAAAUCAUGGAGGCCGACGAAGUGUUGUUGUUUGAGCGUGCGACUUUUCUCGUAAUUUCGCAUUCGAAGCGCAAGCCGCACAAUGACAUGCAUCGGUUUGAGAAGAUCAGUAAUAUUAUCAAGCAGUUUAAACUGAGCUGCAGCAAACUGCAAGCUCACUUUCAGAGCAUGGAAGUUCGCAAUUCACAGUUCGCUGCCUACAUCGAUGUGUUCACAUCAAAUACGUACGUCAUGGUCAUCACAUCAGAUUGCACUCUUCCUUCGGCGGCAAUUCUGGUCAACAUUAGGAAUGCUCGAAAGCACUUUGAAAAAUUGGAGAAAUUGGAUAGUGGACCAUCUGCUCUGCACGCUGUGCAAGUCUGAGAUAUACAGCUGUAGUAGAUUGUACUGGUCUGUUUUGUGGCUUAUAUUGCACAGCGUACUGAGGAUAAGCUGGCGUAUUAACCAACAAGUGAUGUAUUCACAG